CCACCACCACCCGUUCGAUCCUUCUCUUCCCAUAAAGCGCACCCCAAAUCCGUCACCACCGUCACUUCCCUGCCUCCACUGCACUCUUCCUCCUCUCCUCUCCCCUCCCCUCCUACCCAAUCCAAUUCCGCAAGCCAUGCUCAAGUCGGGACUCUUCCCCGGGAUCAAGUCCCUGAGUUCCGUCACCCUGGUCUUCCGACUGCCGUACUACACCCAGUGGGGGCAGAGCCUCCUCGUCUGCGGCUCCGAGCCGGUGCUCGGAUCCUGGAACGUGAAGCAGGGGCUGGCACUCGGCCCGUCGCACGAGGGCGACGAGCUGAUUUGGUGCGGGAAGGUCGCCGUCUCCGUCGGGUUCAGUUGCGAGUACAGUUACUAUGUGGUGGAUGACGGUAGGAAUGCCUUGCGAUCGGAAGCGGGGAAGAAGCGGCGCCUCACCCUGCCUGAUGGCGUCCGGGAAGGAGCCGUGGUGGAGAUCCAUGAUCUUUGGCAGGAAGCUUCGGAAACUCUUUUCGUCAGAAGCGCAUUCAAAGAUGUCAUUUUUAGUGGUGGAAAGAAAAGCUUGGCAGCUGCCGAUGAAAGUUCUAAGGAAUUGGAGAAAAUCCUGGAUCAGCAAGAUUCUAUUAUCGUUCAAUUUAUGAUUAGAUGCCCAAAAGUAAAAGAUGGAGCAUCAGUUCAUGUUAUUGGAAGUGCCUCCGAACUAGGAAAAUGGAGGCCGCAUGAUGGACUAAAGCUACGAUAUGCUGGAGAUUUUACUUGGAAAGCCGAGUGUGUAUUGAGAAAAUAUGAAUUCCCACUCAAAUAUAAGUAUUGCCAUGUUCACCAAAUGAAGGAUCCGUCUCUUGAACUUGGUCCCAACAGAGAGUUAGCUGUUGACUUUCAAUCGAGCCAUCCUCCUAACUAUGUUAUACUGGCUGAUGGUCCCUAUCGGGCAGUUCCAUGGAGGGGUGCUGGAGUUGCUAUACCAAUGUUCUCUGUUAGGUCAAGCGAUGAUCUUGGAGUUGGAGAAUUCCUAGAUUUGAAGUUACUUGUUGAUUGGGCUGUUGAAUGUGGCUUUCACCUUGUGCAGCUUCUUCCAGUCAACGAUACCUCAGUUCAUGGAAUGUGGUGGGAUUCAUAUCCGUACAGUUCUCUCUCUGUAUUCGCAUUGCAUCCCUUAUAUCUGAGAGUUCAAGCACUUUCAGAAAACAUUCCAGAAGAUAUUAAGGAAGAGAUUUUGAGGGCAAAGGAACAACUUGAUAAAAAGGAUGUUGACUAUGAGGCUACAAUGGCUGCUAAAUUAUCAAUUGCAAAAAAACUAUUCAAUCUAGAAAAAUCUAAGAUACUUAAUUCAAGUUCUUUCAAAAACUUCCUCUCGGAGAAUGAGAAUUGGUUGAAACCAUAUGGAGCAUUUUGUUUUCUGAGAGACUUUUUUGAGACCUCAGAUCACACUCAAUGGGGCCGCUUUUCUCAUUUUUCCAGUGAGAAGCUUGAGAAACUGGUCUCAGAGGAUGCCUUACACUAUGAUGUUAUAUGCUUCCACUAUUAUAUUCAGUUCCAUCUACAUGUGCAAUUAUCAGAAGCAGCAGAUUAUGCAAGGGAAAAAAAGGUUGUUUUGAAAGGAGAUCUACCAAUAGGUGUUGACAGAAACAGUGUAGAUACUUGGGUAUAUCCAAACUUAUUUCGUAUGAAUACAUCGACUGGAGCACCUCCAGAUUAUUUUGACAAAAAUGGACAAAAUUGGGGCUUCCCCACAUAUAACUGGGAGGAAAUGUCAAAGGAUAACUAUGCAUGGUGGCGAGCUCGUCUAACACAGAUGGCAAAGUAUUUUACAGCUUAUAGGAUUGAUCAUAUCUUGGGUUUCUUUAGAAUCUGGGAACUUCCGGGUCAUGCUGUUACUGGUUUAGUUGGAAAAUUUCGUCCAUCUAUCGCUUUGAGCCAGGAGGAGCUUGAGAGGGAAGGCAUAUGGGAUUUCAAUCGCUUGAGCCAACCAUAUAUUCGGCAAGAUAUUUUACAGGAAAAGUUUGGAACUCUUUGGACUGUAAUUGCAUCAAAUUUUUUCAAUGAAUAUCAAAAACUCUGCUACGAGUUCAAGGAUGACUGCAACACAGAGAGAAAGAUUAUAGCCAAACUUAAAUCAAUGACCGAAAUAUCAUUGUGGUUGGAGAAAGAAGACAAGAUAAAGAAAGAUCUUUUUGAUAUUCUACAGAAUAUAGUACUGAUCAGGGAUCCUGAAGACGCAAGGAAAUUUUAUCCUCGUUUCAAUAUUGAAGAUACUUCCAGUUUUAAAAAUUUAGAUGAGCACAGCAAAAAUGUUCUUAAAAGAUUAUAUUAUGAUUACUAUUUCUGCCGGCAAGAAAACCUUUGGCGGCAGAAUGCAAUGAAGACUCUACCUGUCCUUUUGAACUCAUCUGAUAUGUUGGCAUGUGGGGAGGAUCUUGGACUCAUUCCUUCUUGUGUUCAUCCAGUAAUGCAAGAAUUGGGUUUAAUUGGUUUACGCAUUCAGAGAAUGCCUAGUGAACCGGACGUGGAAUUUGGUAUACCAUCUCAAUACAGCUAUAUGACUGUCUGUGCACCAUCUUGCCAUGACUGCUCCACCAUGCGUGCUUGGUGGGAGGAAGAUGAAGAGAGAAGAUGUUGUUAUUAUAAAAGUGUUGCUGGAUGCAAUGAUAUGCCGCCUCCUCGUUGCACCACAGAAGUAGCAUACUUCAUCAUUCAGCAACACAUGCAAGCUCCAUCGAUGUGGGCAAUUUUCCCUCUUCAGGACUUGCUAGCACUAAGAGAAGAAUACACGACAAGACCAGCUGUGGAGGAGACAAUCAAUGAUCCUACAAACCCGAAGCAUUAUUGGCGAUACCGUGUACAUGUCACUUUAGACUCACUGAUGCUUGAUGAGGAUCUCAAAACAAUCAUUAAAGAUAUGGUACUUAGUAGUGGGAGAUCAGAUCCUGUGAAUGAAACAAAUGCUUCCAGCUCAGAAAAGAAGCUGAUGGAGAAAGUCCAGGAAAAUAUUUCUGCUGUCCAGAUAAAUGGUAACACAUGAAGGAGAAGCCACAUUCUUGUUUUGAUUCCAUACUUGUCCUUCAAGUAAGAACUUUUAGUUUCUAAGUAUCAUCUGGCCAUAUUAUAAGUGUCAGUUGUAUGGGGUAAACUAUUGAAGAAUAAAAUCCUCAUGUCCAUGAGACUUCAAUGCUAUCUUCAUCCUUGUUAUUGAUUUCUGUACAUGAGCCAGAAAUAAUGAUUCAUAAUUCUUGA